CCCACCCGUCUGAGAAAGCGACCUGCGAGACAAUCACAUGCUGGGCAGCCAUUGCCUGGGCAAAAAAUUCUCCUCUUUCAAUUGAAGAAGUGCAAGUUGAGCCACCAAAGGCUGGAGAAGUUCGUAUUAAGAUGAUAUCCUCGGGGAUCUGUGGCUCUGAUGAUUACAUCCUCAAAGGAGACAUUCCAGCAAACUUUCCUUUAAUUCCAGGCCAUGAAGGAGCUGGGAUUGUGGAUGUUGGUGAAGAAGUACGCUCUGUGAAACCAGGAGAUACAGUUUUCACACUCAUUAUUCCACAGUGUAGAGAAUGCCGUGCCUGUUUGCACCUGGAAGGAAACUUCUGUCAGAAACAAGAUAUCUUGCCCAGUUCUGGGGUGAUGCUGGAUGGAACCAGCAGAUUUACCUGCAGAGGAGAAACCAUUUAUCAUUCUUUCCGCACGAGCACGUUCGCUGAAUACACCAUUGUACCUGAGAUCGCAGUGACAAAAAUUGAUGCGGCUGCUCCUUUGGAUAAAGUUCGUCUCCUAAGCUGUGGAGUUCCCACAGGCUACGGGGCUGCCGUGAAUUCCACCAAGGUCACCCCAGGUUCCACCUGCGUGGAUUUUGGACUUGGAGGAGUCGGCUUAGCUGUUGUCAUGGGCUGCAAAGACUCUCGUGCUUCUAGGAUCAUCGGGGUUGACAUCAAUGAGAAGAAGUUUCCCCCGGCAAGAGCACUAGGAGUCACUGACUGUCUCAACCCACGGAACCUCAAGAAACCUGUCCAGGAGGUGGUGAAGGAAAUGACAGGUGGUGGUGUGGACUUUGCCUUUGAAGUUAUCGGAAACACUGGUACCGUGAUUGCUGCUUGGAACAGCUGCCAUCCAAGCUAUGGUGUCUGUCUGGUUAUUGGACUGGCUCCACUACACUCUCAGAUUUCCCUUCAUGCAACGAUGUUUGCUUCUGGAAAAGCACAGGGAAUAUGUUUAGGAGAUUAUAAAACCAGAGGUUGCAUUCCUCAAAUAGUGACUGAUUACCUGCAAAUUAAGAUUAAUAUAGAUCCAAUAAUAACUCAUCAGCUGCCUUUUAGCCAAAUCCACAAAGCCUUUGAAAUGUACCAUGCUGGAAAAACAUGAGUUUUUGUUUGAUGAUCAUUUGGUUUGAUAGAAACAUAGAAAAAAUGCUCCCAAUGUGUUUGUUUCCACACUUCCCAAUGUGUUUGUCAGAAAUACAUAGUUGUACCUCUGAUAUCUUUUAGAUGCUUCACCAUAUUUUUAAUGACCAUA